ACGCACCCAAAUUCUAACCUAGCUAAUUGCUCCAGACUUGAAAAUUCAUUCUCGUCUUCCUCACGCCGUCGGCCCGUCACGCUCUUCCCUCCGUUCAUCCCUUUGUUCCAGUCACUCAGUCAGCCGCCCAGCCCACCUACUACCGCGGCGCCGUGGGCCCUCGUCGUCUACGACAUCACCAGGAAAGCUACCUUCGAGAGUGUCCAACGAUGGCUUGAUGAGCUUAAAAGUAAGCUUUUUAAUAUUAGCUUCGAAUCGCUCAUCCCUCUACCUCGCGAGACGAGAGUUGCCCUAGGUUGCUGCUCCGCGCGAGUUGUCCAGCCCCAGAUUCAGCUCCGCGCGAGUUGCCCUAGGUUGCUGUUGGUGUCCCUGCCCUCUUUCCCGCUGCUCCUCGCCUCUUCUCGCCACAACCGCCGUUGCUGCAAAGUAAUUUGGGAAGAUUUGGUAGAUUUAUUGGUUUAUUGGUUUUUGAUUUAUAGAAUUAUGGUGUCAAUGGGUUCAAAAACCAGUGGUGAUGCUGUGGAUUCAACCCAGCCAUUAGAAAUGGAAACACCAACUGAGCCACAGACAGAACCGACUGAGAUAGCAGCUGAAGCUCAAGCUGAACCAAUCGCAACAGCUCCCACAAAUGCGAUACCCAAACCUCGAUCCAUUGCAUGGGAUAACUUUACAAGAACUAAAGCCGGAGAUAGGGCCAAUUGUAACCACUGUUCUACCUUGAUAACUUGUAAGGGCAAGCAAGGUACAAGUACUAGUGCUAUGUUAAACCAUUUGAGAAGAUGCAAAGCAAAGUUGGAUGAGGUUCAAGAUGAAGAGCGGCCGGGAAAGAGGAUUAAGCAGGAAGGCCGGCUCGAGGCAAAAAAGAAAGAAAAAAAAAACUUGAAUUCAAUGGGCUCGCCGGGGAACGACGGAAAAAAAAUUACAACGGCUGCAAUUCCGAGAAUUGAAAGUACUCCAAACGAGGUCUGCGAUUUCCAUGAUCGACAAAUCCUUCGGCAGGAGCCCGCAUCCGACGGUUGGGAACUAAGAUUUUCUUUUUUGGGCCAAGGGGUAAGUUUUGGUUCUACGGAUGAAUUAGUCGAGAUUUGCUUUGUUUUGUGAUUCAUGUUAUGGAUAUUGAAUUCGAGUAAGAUGAAUUCGUAUUGAUAACUUAAAUACCAGAGGAAAAAAAAAAACGAAAAGUAUUACCUGAAGUAAUUUGUAAUUUACUUGGUGGAAAUUGUUGCCGGAGGUUUGCUGGGAAGUUGAGAGAAAUAUAUUUGUGAUAUGGGAAUUCAAUGGGUGGUGUCCGUUGCGAAACGUUCCCAUGAUAAAUUUAAGAAUUAAAUUACACUAAUUUUAGAUUAUUUAUUUAUUUAAAUUAAAUUCUUCCUAGAGCUGCAAAAUUGUUUAUCUGAUAUUUUUUCACCAUCUAAGUUAAGCUAUGAAAUCAAAAAAAGAAGAAAAAAGAGAGAAGAUAAUCAGAAAAGAAGAAAAAAGUUAAAACAGAGAAGAUAAAAAGUUUGUAUGUACUUACGAAUUUCAGGUCCUGAAGAGUUGAAUCACACGCAAAUUAACUAGUAAAGAUGGGUUUUAAGGAAGAUAUUUAUAAAUAAACUGUAGAAAAAGGAAGGAAUGAAAAACAAGGAAAUUUUCAGAAAG